AUGGCUCCUACCGUAGCCUCAAGCACGCGCAAUGUGUCAACAGAGAGGACAACCACCAUAUCACAAAAUCUACCGAAACAGUCGAAACCCCUUGUACCACCUCAGACCAAGGUUUUAAAUACCAACACUCAGCAGAUCCAGCAGAAGAAAGCUCAUCGUAAACCGAUCAUUGACUGGUUUCAGCGCAAGCUGGGAGGCACGGUCAAAGGGAAACGAACAGGGGACGAGAACCUUUCAAAUGGGAACGGACGUGUCUCUGCUGUACAAAGAACGGGAGGUCGCGUAGUAUCUUCUCCUAUUGCCGGUCCUGGUGGAAGGCAGCAGGCGAAACUGGAUGCCAUGAGUGCUGCUGCUGCUGCGCGACGGAAAACAGUUUCACUUAAUGGGGACGAUGACGCUGCGGCAGUUCAGAACACCCGUUGUUCUGACGACGACCAUGAAAACAAUUCCAUCAACGAAUCCCUAGCUCCAGACUCGGUUUGGUCACCAAACAGCCUGCAGGAAGCAGAUGAAGAUGCCUCACUUCGUCCACUUCCACCUAGUUCGCCGCCUUCACCCUCACCUUCCCGUUCCUCCUCCUCAUAUCUAUCCGAUCCUCGAACGUUCAAGAGUAUCGCUGCAAGCACGAAACCGACGACGUUGUUGAGCAUUGAUUUACAUGGGAAUGGCAUGGCACACAUUGCACAGGCACCCCCCACACCAACUCGCUUCCCACAUGCACGUUCGUCAUCAACUACAACCAAUCCAAACCCCUUGAUCAAUGGCGCUGUGCCUCCAUCGCCUCAAACAUCUUCUCGACCUCCUUCUGUACAGGACAUCUUAAAUACCGCUAAUACACAGGCUUCCAAUACCCCAAUCGUACAGGCCCCUCUGCACACCACCCAUCAUCCUCGUAACAACCCACGCCCCUUGUCUCCUCCUUCAGAUGACGCCUCAGUACUGACUCUAGCAUCUUCAGCUUAUGCUAUGCCCGGAUCACGCGUGGGUGGUCCUGGUGUGCCAGGGUGGAGCUCACCACCCUCUGCAGUUGGUGGCGGUGGCGAUUCAAUGUCGCAUUUCGGGGGCAACGACGUAGAUGCAGAGAGUACGAGUCAACUUGUCAUUGACGAUGAAAGGUUGGAUGAUCGAGAUGUCGAUGCAAGUAUGAGAGCAUUACGCCCGCGUAGUACGAGGAGAGGAAGCUGGGAGAGUGAGGUCAGUCGAUGGAGUGCGCGGAUCCACAUCACCGGACCUCCAUCCUUCGGGAGGGAAAGGAGUCUUUGGACGACAAAUAGUGUUAGGACCGGUACGUUCAGUGCGGAGAACGUGGAUAUCAAUGACAGGACUGACAGUGUGACAGGCGAAAUAAAUACGGAGAACGUGGAGACAGAGGAUCGGAAAGAUGACGAAGGUAUUGAAGAUGUCGCCUCGCAUCCACCUGAUCAAUCCAAGGCCAUUGUCCCGAUAGCACCCGCGGAAAACACUGACAACACAACAGCCAAUAAUCAAACUACGGUGACAAAUGAAGAGGCUUCUUCGUCACCAAUGGAUAGUGACGAAGAGAAAGCGAUCGUGUCGUCUGUCGACCGAAAGAACUCGACAGAAAUAAAGGAAAGAGAAGAGGGAGCUGCAAAGGACAAGGGAGGAAUGCAAGAUGGAAACGAAAACGAGUUGGAAGAGAAAGAUGGAGACUUGAAUCCGAGUCGUGCAGAGGUUGAAUCUACCACAGCGGUUCAAUCUGAGCCUCCAUCGUCAGAAAUUACGACUGCACAGAGCUCCAGACCAAGUAUUGACAUGGCUCGCUGA